UGUUGCAUUUGUGUGUUUGUAUAACCUUUGGGCUGAGGUCUGUUUGGAUAGGAGCAAAAAAGCAAAUCGUGUGUUUGCAGUCGGUACGUUUCCCUGUCUGAGAGGAAAAGUGCGUUCUGCUGCAGUGGGCUGACCAGCCAAGCCAGACUGUUCAACAUUGAGUGGGUCAGUGGGAGGCUGCUGAAGAGAUGCUGACUCUGAUGUGGUUUAGUCUCAAAGGGAAGGGUGUGCAACUCUGGAGCGGAACCAACUCUGCCUGAAACACUUAGUCAUUGGAAACGAUGCUGUCAUUUUACUUUCAGUUAAAAUGCAUCGAUACAUUUCCCCUUUAUAGUUGAGCAUUUUCAAACUUGUAUAAAAACGAUUCACUCAAGUCAAACAAUCCCAUUGCAGCUAGCAUUAGCUGUUGCACACGUCGCUCUACCUGACAUGGAACAGGUGUAAAUAAAGGUUCAGAAAAUGAGUUAUUUGAACGUAAAUCAGGACCACCUCCCUGAUUUCACCCACCCAGGGUGGAGGGGGGGGAGACCGUUAUAAUACAUGGGACGGAAACAGAGUCUGUGGAGUGGGGGAGAUGGGUUCUGUGUUCUCAGGGACAGGAAGCGGUUGGGUGGCACCCACACUUCAGCUACAUCAUGUUCCACCGCAGAGUGGUGCAUGCUGGGUCAUUUUGUAGUGGGUUUGAUUUGUGUAUCAGUGUGUACUCGGGCGUCGCUGGAUGCCUCCGCCUCGGUAUGGGUUAGACGAGGUGUGUUUGUUUGACUUCCAAAGCCCUCGUGCUGAAGUGAGGCAAACUGCAUCCUGACUACAGCUGGGUGAAAUGUCAAUGUUUGAUACGGGAUUUAUUGAUAUCUCACUGGCUCUGUGAGGCCAAGUCAGUACACUCCCUGUCUUAACCUUAAAUCAAAUAAAAGUACAGUGCAGUACAAACAGUAGUCCUGGAGGUAGUUGGUCCAGCUACCUUUCUGUGUUUCGAUUAUUGGUGUCAAGUCAAUUUUUAUUUCUAUAGCGCAUUUACACACGGCUGAGCCGCACCAAAGUGCUUCACAAGAAAGUGCUUAACCCUCCUAUCAUGAUAGGGGACAAUUUGACCCGAUUCAAUAUUAAGAUUCUCUAAAAACAAACAUACUUUAUUCAGCUAGAUUUCUUACUUUUCCUAACUCUAUGGGGUAAACAUGGAAAACAAAAAGAACACAUGUCCUGUACACAUUUUGUACACAUCGGUGUUGUUGGGGUUAUUUUGACCCCCAGCAGUAUUUUUCUAUAAAACCAUCCAACACAAAAAAAAUCUUGUUUUUUUUGUGUUGGAUGAUAAUUGAUCUCGUUACAACGCUGAUAAUACUCGCAGCAUGGGGGGUGGGGCAAACAUACAACCGCGAGAACUCUGAUAAUUCUUGCAGUAUGUGGGACGGGGCAAACAAAGUUGCCCCGAGAACUUUGAUAAUUCAGGCAACAUUUCUCUUUGCAUUUGUGCCUCAACUAAACAUGUUGAAAAUGACCCCCAGACAGGAAAAUAUCUGUGUGGCCGCUGGGCUUUCAGGGUGUGCUCCUGAUGAGAACGAAGCCAGUGAGAUAAGACAUUCUGACCAUCCUGUUGUUUCUCAAACACAAUUAUACCCCCUUGUCAUAUCUCAACCACCAAGAACUGACAUUACUUGACAUGACAUGCUGAUCCCCAGUUACAAGACAGGGUAGACUGACUGCAGCUAAUGUCAUCUAAAUGGUUAGACGCCCCAGAUAUGCUAGCACCAGUCAUAUACAAGACAAUCUGCAUUUGAACUAUAUUAUAUCUUACUAUGUAUAAAUACAUUACUAUAUUUGAAUAUCAACAUAAAGCCCGGAAAACACCAAUACAUAAUUUGUUUUUCAUUUUAGGUCUAAGAAUGAGAUAGUACAGUGAUUUGCAUAUUUUGCAAAAAAGUCAUAUACAAUCAAUACUUGAUGUAUAAGGGAAGUUAUGGAAGUAAAUCUGUGCCAUCGGAUUUUGUAAAUAAAAAGCCUUUGAAUUCUAAGCACUGAAUGUUUAUUCAUUGAAAUAACGUAUCUGGAUUUUUUGCCUCUGAAUAUAAAUCUUUUUAACCUUUGUUUUUCAAUAUAAAAUAUUCAAAAUAAAUUAUGUUUGAAUGAUGUGAUGUGUGAAAUGAAUAAAUGAAUGAGAAAAGCAACGGUGGUGGACCUUACUAAACGCCCUAUCCAUUGUAUCGGUCUGUAAAAUGCUGAUCAAUGCUGAAUUUUUUAACAUUGAAAAAUAAAGCUGAAAAUGAUUUAUUGAACAUUUUAAGAGUUCAAUUCAGAGGCAAAAAAAAUCCAGAUACGUUAAUUCAGUGCAUAAAUAUUCAUUGAAUUCAAUGGCUUUUUAUCUUCAAAAUCCUUAAGAAAGAAAAAAAAAGUACUGCCAUCGGCAGUCAUGUAUCAUUUACUGGGCUAUGAAGAUGGUCAGUAGGAAGGCCUAAAGUAGUAUCUAAGUUGUACAUUUAUUUGAACAUAAUAGGAGGGUUGACGCAAUAAACAAAGAAAUGGGGCAAAAAUAAAAAAUAUAAAAAACAUCUCGGUGUGCAAGACGUUUUCAUGAGUCACUUUAUCCGCCUCCAUAUUCAAAGCAGACGUUCAGAAACAAUUGAAUAACAACCAAAAAGCAAAAAGAAAUAUAAUAAUAUUUUCUAAUAAUUAUAAAUAAAUGCAUUUAGGAACUGAGGACAUAGUGGCCACUCCAGUGAGGGAGACUGUCGCACAGUGAUUCCACGUCACUACUCAAAGUGAAACUUUGAAAGGGAAAGCAAAAGCGAGCCAACGAGAGAACGCCAAGACUCGCAUACGGGUCGGAUCAGUCGUUUUGUAUCACUCUGUUGCUACAAUGGCGGACAUAACACCCCUAGUGAACGAUCUGUCCUGUUCGGUUUGCCAUUACAUCUUUAACGACCCUGUUAUCCUAUCGUGUAGUCACCGUUUCUGCAAAGGCUGUCUGCAGAGUUGGUGGAUGCAAAGCCAGGAACACCUGUGUCCACUUUGCAAGAGGAGAUCUUCAAAGACCGAACCACCCAGGAAUAUUGCUCUGAAGAACCUUUCGGAAGCCUUCCAGCGGGGGAACGCGGAUCUAUGCCCUCUGCACGGUGAGAAACUCGAGCUCUUCUGUCUCGAUGACCUGGAGACGGCGUGUCUCAUCUGUCGAGAUUCUGAAAAACACGCCAACCACAGAUUCCUUCCUGUGGAUGAAGCUGCCCCGAGCCACAGAAAAGAAAUUCAGGAAUUAUUCAAAUCCCAGAAGGUGAAGUUAAACGACUUUGUUGAGACCAAGAGAAAGUGUGAUCAAAUAGCAGCACACAUUAAAGUCCAGACCGCGCACACCGAGAGACAGAUUCAAAAGGAGUUUGAGAAGCUUCACCAGUUUCUCCAAGAUGAAGAGAAGUUCAGGAUCACAGCGCUGAGAGACGAAGAGCAGAUGAAAGGUCAGAAGAUAAAGAAGAAGAUUGAGGAACUGUCGAUGCAGAUAGAAACCAUUUCACAAACCGUCACAGAGACGGAGCAGCAGCUGGGGGCUGGAGACGUUUCCUUCCUGAAGAAGGCUACAGCAGAGAAAGCAGGCCAGCCCCGACCCUCGCCGGCUCUACCCGAGGGGGCGCUGCUGGACGUGGCCAAACACCUGGGCAACCUGGCCUACGCAGUCCUGAAGAAGCUGGAGGACAACGUCUCCUACUUUCCUGUGAUCUUGGACCCCAACACCGCUGCCCCCGAUCUCCACUUGUCUGAUGAUCUGACCAGCGUGAGAUGUGGAGCGAGACAACAGCUCCCUGAGAACCCAGAGAGGCUGGUGUAUGGCGUGCUGGGAUCUAGGUCACUUGAAUCAGGGACCUGCACCUGGGAGGUAGAGGUGGGAGACAGCGCCCACUGGGAGCUUGGUGUUAGCAAUGGUAUCUACAGAAAAUCUGGUAUAGAAACGAUUUCAUUGAAUAGUUUUUUGUUCAAUCUCUUUGGUCCUGAUUGUUUUAAAAUAGUGUUUCAUAAAGGUAGAUACAGAUCACAAAAAGGUACACAAUCGGUUGAUCUCCCAGCGAUGCAGAAGUUACAGAGGAUCAGAAUGACGUGGGAUCCGACCACUCAUGAAAUGUCCUUCAGUGAUUUUAAAACCAACCAUAAAAUGCGGGGGCAACUAUCAUUGUCUCUACUAUUACCAUUUUUCCAUUCCACUGAUGCAGUUCCUUUGAGUAUUUGCCCAGGGAAGAACCUGCCUGGGAGUUAGGAACGAUGUGAGUGUACCUGUAGAAGCUGUUUAUUUCUGUGUUGUUAACAUAUUCUGUAUUGUCCUUGUUGAUCUGUAAGCGAUGGAAAACAGAUUUUCUUUUUGAAUAUUGAAAAUAAUAUUAUUUAGACAUACAUGUUUUCUUGGCCACAUGCUCAAAGACGAAUGUUGUAUGGUUUCGUCAGAUCAUGUUAUUGAACAGGUUUAUGUGACGUGUAAAUGUAUUAAGUUUGACUUGGUAAAAUGUUGUGUAAAUGUAUUAGAAAUUAGAAAAAGUGUUGUCUAAAUGUGUGACAUAGUCAUAGUAUUAUUAUUAGUCAUUAAAUUGAACAGGGUGAUAGCUGGGAGAGCUUCAGAGGUAAUUAGCCAGAUUGUCAUUUUGAUUUUAAGAAUAAAAAAAAUAAAGAAGAAAAUAAUAUAGUUUUUUGUGGUGGUUUUGCCUAUUGCUUAACAUCUUGUGAGUCAUCACUUGUCAAUCACCACCACAACGGAUCAGUUGGCGACACAAAGGUGUGUUAGCAGCAUAACAAUGGAAUGUCAGCAACACAAAGAAGAGACGCAUUCGACGCAACAAUCAUAGCGCUGCACCGUCCCAGCAGGCAGUUUGGGUGGUGAGGUAUACUCACGGAGGACCUUUGGGUUCUCUUAAGGGUUGUAGUUAAUUAAUAAAACAGUAAUCAUUUACAAUUGAUCUAGUGAGUCUAUUAAAUGUUAGCAAUAAUGGAAAAAUGCUCAUUACAAGUCACCAGAGUGCAAGGUGAAGUCUUAAAUAUUCUUGAUUUUGUUGAUAUUCUAAUCAAUGAACCAAAUUACAGAAGCGUCAAGCAGCAACUGUAUUUAUAAUUCACAAAUUACUUUUCAUCUGUCAAAAUCAGAUUUCAUUAAUCUCCUGUUGAUUGACUCAUCAAUGAAUGAUCGUUGCAGCCCAAUGCUCCACUGUCGAGGAGCCAUCCAGUUCAGUCGGCUUUCAGCUCAUGUACGUGAAACAGAACCUGGUGGUUGUACUUUAUCUGAAGAGUAACCUUGUUAGAAUGCCCUGCCUGGCCUCCAGUGGAGCACCAGAUGCUAGUAAGGUGCGGCUGGUGUGCGAUGAGUGUUUGGUCUCCUAGCGCACCCACAAAAAGCUUCACUAGGCCCAGGGCUCAAGGCCGAGGUCACUAAUGGGUGAUAAGCAUGAAACAUUAAUGAUCUACACACUCUUCUGAGAUAAGACCUAGGAAAGGCCAUUCUUCAAUCCAUCAGUAGUAUCAACCGGCUGACAGACUGAAGACAAUAACUCGUUCUGUUUCCGAGGAGCCGUCAAUCCUGACUAAGUAAAGCUUUGGCUUUAAACAAAUAUCCACUGAAACUAACUGGACAUGUUUUAAAUGCUCUCUGCAGUAUGUUCUCUGCCAGACCCAGUUCACCGUCAUAAGGACCGGCCCAGAUGAUUUGUGAACACGCUACGCUAAGAUUAGGCUACAUUUACAUGUUGUUAUGCCGAACUAAAAAUACAGUACGCCUUCCGUAGCUGCCGUGCUUAGUCAUCUUCUAGGGUGUGUGUUUGUGUUUGGUUUAAGUCACUCCUCUCAUUUGGCAGUCUUCCAGUGGGAGCUUGAAUCCAUAUGCUCUGUGGUCGGGGCCUCCCAGAGUCCCGGAGAUUAGCUUGUCAUUUAAAAGAGGGCAGUGGCUCCUGGAACAAGAGGUGCUUUUGAUCGCAGGCCUUACAAGUCGAACAAGGUUUUCAUCAACCUAAGACCCCAGCUGUGCGAAAUUACAACCUGGACAGUUAAAGAUAAACUGAAACUAACAUUUACAUUUAGUCGUUCCCAGCUUCUAUCCAAAGUGUUCUACAAAUGAGGCUCAGAAGAAGCCUUUAACUACAGUUAAAGUUAGGAGUAGCUGAACAAAGUAGCUUACGGAUCAACCAAUCAGAGAUCAUACAUUUAAACAACUUAUAAGUUCAACGUAGUAGCUCAACAUCUUUCAUCACCCAUUUUGCCCCGUAGGGUUUUCCCAUCCAUGGUUCCCAUGGUAGUUUUGACCUGGUAACCGGAGAGGUCUACUCCACCCAGAGCACCUUGCUGGCAGUGGGGCGGUUAUCUGGUGGCUAUUGAAAAAAAUAACCAUACCUACAGUAGUCCUAGACCAGGAUGUGCUUUAGAAAGACAGAGGUCACACACACACACACACACACACACACACACACACACACACACACACACACACACACACACACACACACACACACACACACACACACACACACACACACACACACACACACUAUCACACACCAUCUCUGCCCAUCUCUGGGUGUGUGGAGUGUUGUGAUUGAAAGCCACUGUCUUUGACUUGCUGUUAUUUAAACUUUAGUGUAAAGCGCUUCAUUGCCAAAUAAAUGACUUACUAUGUAUGACAACACUAUUAGUUGUCAUGUCAUAUAACUAGCAGUUCCAUGAACAUUAACAUCUCAACGGAGCGAUUUGUUUGUUGUUUGUGUCCUUGAGUCGAGAUGUCCUGCCAGUGUUUACUGUGAUCGAGAGCCAACUCAUUACUACAAUAACAUGUGUGUGUGUGUGUGUGUGUGUGUGUGUGUGUGUGUGUGUGUGUGUGUGUGUGUGUAUGGUUGUGUGCGUGUGUGCAUCCGCUCAGAGUGUUAUGGCACCCCCUGGUGUUGGCAGAUCUGUAAGAGAGUCUGAUUUCUUUA